AUGUCUCAUUUAAUCUCUAAACGGGCUUCCUCCCGCAAAAUUUCCCAUUUCGCCAAUGACACUCUCCAAGAGGCUCCGAAGGGAUUCGAACCACAUCCAAGUCUUCUUCACUUGGAUUACGGAACACCAAACGAUGGGUUCUUUCCUGUUAAAUCAAUUGGAAUUUCAGUGAAGAAUACCGCAUUUGAAGUUGUGGAUGCAAUUUUUGACGGAUCUAAAUCAGUUGGGGAUGUGACUUCUCUUCAGGAAAGCAAAGUGCUUGUCUCGAAUCGCGCGUCUGAUCCGAGAAUCAUAGAUAUCGCAACGGGGUUGCAGUAUUCGGAAAUAAAAGGCAUUCCGCAGUUGCAAAAAUUCACCAGAGAAGUUGUGGUCAAAGCACACCCUCCAAUUUACUCGGAAUGGAAGACAAUAAUUUCUGGGGGUGCUGGGGAAGGAUUGAACAAAGCAAUUGAUGUAUUUUUGGAUGAAGGCGAAGUGGUGCUUUUAGAGGAAUUCACGUUCACUCCGAUCUUGCAAAACAUCCAGAAUGCUGGCGCUAUUCCCAUACCUAUCAAAUUGGACUUAAAUACUUCAUCGGAUCAGGCUAAUGGAAUUGAUCUUGAGUAUUUGACAAAUUUAUUAGAAAAUUGGGACGAUGCGAAACCAGAAUUGAAGGGGAUUAAGCCCAAUGCACUCUACACUAUCUCAUCUGGCCAAAACCCCACUGGUCUCCACUCAAAGCUUGGAAAACACGAUUUUGCUAUUAUUGAAGAUGAUCCCUAUGGCUACUUGACCCUUCCACCGUAUGAAGAAUCCAAUGUUGCCAAGAGGCCAAUAUGCCUUGAAGUCGAAGACUAUUUUCAAAAUCACUUAAUCCCGUCAUAUUUGACGAUCGACACCAGCGGGAGAGUAUUACGUAUUGAAACGUUUUCCAAGCUCUUUGCGCCUGGAUUGAGAUUGGGUUACAUGGUGGGCCAUGAAAAGGUCAUUGAUGCAAUAGCACGGUAUUCUGCUGUUGUCACCCGAUCUUCUUCAGGCGUCUCUCAGCUUUUAGUGAAUAAUGUUAUUGAGCAGAAUUUUGGUGGAGUUGAUGGAUGGUUUAAAUGGAUCCUAAAGCUCCGCGGAGCCUACGCGAAACGUAGAAAUGUUUUACUCUACAAUCUUUUUGAGCUGAAAGCAUACAAGAAGGGGUACUUAGACUUGAUCGACCCCAGGGCUGGCAUGUUUGUAUGCGUUGUUAUCAAUUUUCCAGUCAACACAGACAUAAAGAAAAAACUCGCCUUGUUACAAUGGAAGUUCCGAAUUAAAAUGGCCGUGGAUCCGGAGUUUAGUUUGGAAAGAGGAAAUUUCUUCAGAUUAACGUUCGCGCCUGUUGAGACAGAAACGGAAAUCGCAGAAGGUGCCUGCAGAUUUUCUGCUGCAGUGUAUGACUUUUUCGAAAAAGGACUCGAGUUUUGA